AUGCGUCCGUUUCUAUUUAUAUUAACUCGACGUUUGUUCAUACCUUCUGGUAUUCUAACUUUUAGUACCGUUGGUGGAUCUUAUUCGAAUAUUAAUGAACAGAAACAUCAUUCAAUAUUGAAAUCUAUCAAUCGUCCGUUUUCCGAUCUAUUGAUGGGAAACAAAGAAUCAUCCGCAUCACCGCCACCAUUCAGUUAUGAUCCAUUUGAUUCUUUAAGAAAGAAUAAUUUUUCUAAUGAAGAAUUUGAAAGAUGUUUUAAAUAUUUCGAUUCCCAUAAUCAAGGAUGUUGGAGUCGAGAAGAUUUUCGUCGUUUUCUCAAUGCACUUUUUUCAAAUAAAAAACGAUCUUAUUGUAUAUUGAAUGAUUUAGUUGAACAAUACUUUCGUGAAACUGAUUUUAAUCAAGAUGAAAAAAUUGAUUAUGAUGAAUUUAUUCAAGCAUGGAAAAAAACUAUAAAAUGUGCUGUUAAACCUGUUAGUGCACUAGUUGUCGUUGAUGUUCAAAAUGAUUUUAUAUCUGGAUCUUUAGCACUUCAUUCAUGUCCUGCUGAACAUCGAGGCGAAGAAGUUGUUCCUAUAAUUAAUCGAGUUCUUCUUAAUGUUAAUUUUGAUGUUGUUGCAUAUACAUAUGAUUGGCAUCCGUUAAAUCAUAUAUCAUUUUAUGAAAAUCGUCAUUUAAGAAAAACAGCGCCGGAAAGUCCUGUGAGUGCUGAACAAGCAAAUGUACUUGAUACAGUUAUAUUUAUUGGAUCUUUGGAUCUUGCUAAACGUAUUGAACAAGUUCUUUGGCCAGCUCAUUGUAUACAAAAAACUCCUGGUGCUGAUUUGCAUCGUGAUUUAGUUCGUGUUGAUAAUGCUAUACAUGUUUAUAAAGGAACCAAUCCUGAAAUUGAUUCAUAUUCAGCAUUUUGGGAUAAUAUGAAGUUAAGUAAAACAAGUCUUGAUGCAGAAUUAAGAGAACGUUUUGUAACUGAUGUUUAUGUUGUUGGUUUGGCUACUGAUGUUUGUGUUGCAUCAACGGCAAUGCAUGCAGUAGAACAUAAUUAUCGAACUGCAUUGAUUGAAGAUGCAUGUCGUGGUGUUAAUGAAAAAGAAAUCGAAGUAAAACGAGCACAAUUGAAUGAAACUGGUUGUAUUUUUGUCGAUUCUAAUGUUGUACCCGGAAUGAUAUCUGGUGAAGACCGUCGACCGGAAAUGGCACGUGGAAUGUUUAUUGAAAAUCUUAAAGAAAUUGGUCGUUAUAAAUCUCAAUAA